CUUUUAGGUAAAAUGGUGAAGGGCAAGCAGGACCGAAAGGCCCGAAACGCUAUCAAUGAGGUUGUUACGCGCGAAUACACCAUUCACAUGCACAAGAGGAUCAAAGGAAUUGGUUCGAAAAAACGUGCACCUCGCGCUGUUGAUGAAAUUCGCAAGUUCGCUAAACAGCAAAUGAAUACUGAAGAUGUUCGCAUUGACACAAGGCUGAAUAAGUUUGUGUGGUCAAAGGGAAUCAAGAAUGUGCCUUUCCGUAUUCGGGUUCGCUUGUCACGACGCCGCAAUGAGGAUGAAGAUUCUGUGCACAAAUUGUACACUCUCUGCACAUAUGUGCCAUGCACCUCUUUCAAGGGCCUCACAAAUGUGAAUGUUGACAGUGAAGAGUAAAGUUGUUCUUGUUAUAUAUAAAUUGUUGUUCUUUUUUUCUGCUUUCUCUGCAGUCCGUCAUGGUUAGUUCCUUUACUUUGAAACUACACCUUAUUAUAUGGAAAGUGAGAUAGUUACCUUGAAGUGUUGCACAAGCCCGCACUGAGUUUCUGAGACGCAUGUGUGGUGCUAACUCUGAUGUGUUUUUGGUGAA